AUGCAGUCCGACCGUGGAGGAACUCGCCACGAGCUCCACCAAGACUAUCGAGCGGCGGACACCCGGUCAUCCACCCCGGCAGAGUUCCAGGGAGCAUGA